AAUGUUUCUCGAAUUAAAUUUUUUAGAAUGAUUAUAUUAUAAAAUAAUAAACUAUAAAGACCGAAACCUUAUAAAAAGCACUGGACGUUGAGAGUACAGAACUGCAUAAAGCCAUUUAAAAUGUUGUGUCCAGAAGUCAGUUCAUUCCCGCCACCCAUAACCUAUUCAACAAUAAAGAAAGAUUUAAGUCUAGAAGAUGUAAUAAACACUGUAGAAUUAAAUAACUUUUAUAAAAGUGCAAUAAUAACCUGUCCAGAUGAAGUAAAUGUACCUGCUUACAUUGAAGAUACAUUCGAUGAUAGUGACUACUAUGAAAUAUCCAAUUUGAGUCUUACCGAAUUUAUAGAUCCUGUAUUUAUUGAAACAUUUGUGAAACAUGGACGUAUAUAUUGUUUAUCAAUUAACAGAAAAUGUAUCAAUCAAAAUUGUGCAGCCAUAACACCUGAUGGCGUGUUAACACUUCAUGUUCUAGAAAACAUUUAUCAAACACUUGGCAUUGAAGGAGUUAAACAACCAAACAAUUUUUAUGGGAUCACCUUAGACUUGAAUAACCUGAAACGAAUAAAAAAGUUAACUGAGGCUCUAAGUAAGCUAGAACUAUUUGAGUUUCAUAUGUCUUGGGUACCACAUGAAGAAGAUAUUUGCCCCUCUACAAUAGCUAAAUACUUUAGUGAUAAAAACUGUGUAGUUAGACUGUGUAAUUUGAAAAUUGAACAUGUUGUACCACAAGUUAAGGAAGUACCAUCUCUUUGUGAUGUAGACUUAGACCAAGUUGUAGAAUGGGCUGGAAUGUUACUACAUGGUUGUGACUUGUAUCCAGAAGAUAACUAUACAAGUACUUACUAUGUCCCCGAUAGUGCAUCACCAUUGAAAACAUCAAGAAUAUCAAUACUUAUCAUUAAAGGAUUUAUAACACCUGACAUACUAAAAAAUACAUGUAAGAGUUUAUCUGAGCAUGUAUCACAGAGGGAUGUGGACUACUACUGGUGUGCCCUCAGCUUACAAAGCCAGGAGGAAGGUUUACACCGGUGGCACAGUCACUCUCCUCGGACGUUUCACUCACAUAAUAGUUCCUCUAAUAUUUUCUUCACACACACUAAUCAAAUUUUAUAUUCUAUUGGCCAAUUAAAUUAUUCAUAGUA